AUGAGUAAAAGAAGAGGGGGGACACCAAAAAGAAGAGAUAAUGAAUUUACUCGCCAUGGACUUACAAGAGAAACUGAAAAACAGUUAUUUAAUCCUCGCUCUGAUAAUCCAAUCGCAUUCAACAAAAGGUCAUCCGACACACAAGAAACAAAAAAACCUACACGACGCUUAUGGUCUGCUGCUGAAAGCAGUUCACAAGUAACGAUAGAAACCAAAAAGCAACCUGUCUCUGAAGAAGAACAACUCAAGAAAAAGAAAUGGAAAUCAUUGAUUGCUUCUCUUCGCCAUAUUGAAAGUAAAUUGGAAGCCUUGACUGAAAAAUCACGUGCAAUUGCUUGUUUUCAAGAAGACCAUGAUGUAGAUCAACAGCGAAGUGAUAAAGAAGAACAGAAAUAUCAUGUUUUGUUGGUCGAACAAGACAUUCUGGACGCAGAGUUGAUCUGGAAAGAAAAGAUUCAACUUCAUCUUGAUUUAAGUCACAAGUAUUUAGAGGUCCUUCGCUGUGACCUUGAUUAUGCAGAAAAGAAAGGGCUAGAAAGCCUGUGUUGGAAACGAGCUGUCUAUAGUUUAGUAGAUCAGUUUCGAAAAUUUAUAAAAAAGUCUGCAGAUAAGAUUGCUGCCAGUCAAAACAAUGCUAAAAAAUCAGCUGCAGGUGAAUUGGCUGCCGAGUUAUUUGAAGACGAAGAUGAGAUGAUACCUGUGAUCCAUGAAGGAGGAGGCAUGACAUUGAUCAAGUCAGAAAAGCCUACUAGCAAACACUAUUUUGAAAAUGAUGUGAAAUUGCAGAUCAAACAGGCAAAUAUGACAUUAGGCUUAUUUCUGCAUUAUCUUGAUUUAGCAGACGCAUUUUAUGUUCAGUUAACCCUGUUCCUUAAAAGCGUGGAUGAUGACGAUGAUGAUACCAUGGAGCAAAGCUUAAAUCAAUGGAGACGAACAAGAAGAUACAAAUGGUAUAGUUGUGUUUCUUUAAGAGGCGAUCUUGCUCGGUAUCGAUGGGCUUAUACACCUGAAGAAGAUAAAGAGGGCCUGACUCGAUGGUCUAAGGCAGACGCAUUUUUAGAGGCUUGGAAACGUUAUGAGUUGGGUAUUUGGCUCAUGCCAGCCAAAGGCAAUCUCUAUUUCAAUCUUUCGUUACUUUUGCCUGGACAAAGCUAUGAAUUUCAUAGAUUCUAUCUUAGCAUGCGCAGUUUGAUGGUGCGUCGUAAUGGGUUUUUGAAUGCAAGGGAAAGCAUGCUCAUCUUAUUUGAAGGCAAUCGACGUUGGAUACAGAAAUACACAACCAAAAGAUCUAAACAACCGAUUGACAUUGCCAUACCAGCCUUGUUUGUUCGUCUUCAUGGCAUGCUGUUUACCAAGAUUGGAUUGGACGAAUUCCCUCAAAUCAAACGUAUCUUUUUCAAUACCUUGUUUGAAACAAAGACAGAAGCUCAUGUCAUGGCUGAGCGAUGUGGUGUCAGUCUACAGAAGCCAUCCAGAAUGGGUAAGAUCAACAGUUUUUCAGCAUCUCAUUUGUUUUGGUUUGAAAUGAUUGUUCUCUGUCUGUCUUCUUUAUACACCUAUGACUAUGCUAAUUCAAAACUCACCAAGUUGAUCUCGCUAUAUUCAACAAAGGUUUUUGACCCUGACAGUCCUGAUCAAUACGAACCCUUGUUGAACGAAUUAAGGGAAAGUGUUUUGUUUACGUAUGAAAUUGAUUUGACAUGUCAAAUGGCUGUUGAAUUGUUACAAAGAUAUCUUAAUCCAAGUUUACCUCCUCCCAAAGUACCUAUGCUUCCUAAACUGCCUCAUGUUUCCUUUCAAUUCAAGCAAAGUAAGCCAUUUAUCUUUAGUGAUGCAAAGGAACCUAUGCCCACACAAGAAGAUGAUGAUGAAGAAGAAGACGACCAAGCAUGGCUAGUGUAUAUUGAAAUACUUUUACAUUGGAUGGUAUUGAAUGGUAUAUGCAUUCGAACAAAAGAGUUGCCUUCUUUAUGGGAACGACUGGUGGGUGAUAUUGGUCAUGAUCUCAUACAAAACAAACGGUUUAUGUGUCGAGACAAUGCUAAGAUUUCAUCUGCCUUUUGGCCAUUGUUGCUUCAAUUCUUAAAUAAGCUUUUAUCUGAACUUACAAGUGACGACAAGUACGAUAUGGUCAAUAAGCAUUUAAUGGAUGAAGAAGAAGAGCAGGAUGUAGAACUGGCCUUUGCUAAAAACGUAUGCAACAUCUUGGGUCAAGCACCGGAUCUUCCUGAAGAACAUCAUUUGCGUGGAUUAGGUUGGGUGGAUGAAAUUCAUGGCAGAUUUUUGAAGUUAGAGCCAGAUUUGAAGAAGGACUCUGUGGUUGAAGCUACAGAUAUGCUAAGUCGUCGUAAGACUCGAAUUCUUGAGUAUGGUUUCACACUUGUUAAGCAUUUGGACGGUAUUUUAUACUAUGAUCCAGUAGAAGAAAUGUUUACAGUUUCAAGAUCCAUUGAGGAACGCAUGUCUGAACUUGAAAUAGAAGAGACCAAAGCAGCGUCUAUGCCAUUAGAAGAAGAACAGAAGGAAAUACCUAUGGUUACUAUUGAAGAAAUGGACGAUGAUGUCUUGUUAUCGAGCGAGACAGAAUUAGACGAUACUCAAGAUGGAGAUGAUGAUAUCAUGACGCAGCUUAAAAAGAGACGUGAACAAUUACAGUCGAUUGUAGCCACAGCAGAAGCAGAAGAGCGUCAUGGAUUCCGUCGUUUACCUGGCCGAGCCAAAGAGAGAGAAGCACGUUUGAAUUAUUUGCGUGAAUGUAUUAUUCCAGGUAAAACUAUUCUGGUACUUGACACCAAUUGUUUUAUUGGUCAUAUUGAUCAUGUUAAAAAACUACUUCAAUCUCAAAAAUGGUCUGUGAUUGUGCCUUUAGUGGUGGUGACUGAGUUGGAUGGUUUAAAAACAAAUCCUCAUCGGUUAGGCUUUGUUGCUCAACAAGGUAUUCAAUUGCUGGAGACUACCUUGUCUUCCAAACCUAAACAGAGUACACUGCUUCGUAUACAAACAUCUCAUAACAACUUUAUGAACGAUAUUUCAAUUCGCUCUGAGCAAUUCGUAUUUGGCGAGACAGACAAAAAUUUGGAUGACUUAAUUCUUUCUGCAUGCCUUUGGUGGAUAUCACAGCAGCCUCAGGAUGAUAAUGUCGUGCCUGUUUGUUUGGUGACAGGAGAUCGUAAUUUAAGUGUCAAGGCUCGUGCUAGAGAUGUGGAAGUGGUACCUGUGUCUGCUAUCAUACAGCUGACACCACGUUGA